AUGGUACAACGCGGUUUACUCAUUGUAGUGGAAGGUUGUGAUCGCUCAGGAAAGUCAACACAAUGUGAGAAUCUUGUAGGCAGACUCCAGCAAGCUGGCAAUGCCACUGAGCUAGUCAAGUUUCCAGGCAAAAUGAUUGAUAAUUAUCUUCAACAAAAGAGCGAUCUAGACGACCAUGCUAUUCAUCUCUUGUUUUCAGCCAACCGAUGGGAAGCAAUGAAAGCGCUAUCAGAGAAAUUAAACAACGGCAUCACAUUGGUUGUAGAUAGAUAUGCUUUCUCAGGCGUCGCGUUUUCGUCAGCCAAAGGAUUGGAUUUAGAAUGGUGCCGCAACCCAGACAUUGGAUUACUGAGACCAGAUAUUGUCUUGUUCCUUGAUUUGACAAUUGACGAAGCAGAGAAAAGAGGCGGGUUUGGACAGGAACGCUAUGAAAAGAGAGAGCUGCAGAUCAAGGUGCGAGAUGAGUUUGCAAAGCUGCAAGACGACUCAUGGAAGUUUAUCGAUGCGAGUCAAUCCAAGGACAAGGUUCAGCAAGCUAUUUGGGAUACCAUUGAGCAAUUCAAACAAACAUCAAAAGAUACAAUUCAACCAUUGCAGUUUAAUUUAUGGAAAUAA